GUUUGUUAUGUAAAGGAUUAUCCAUCACGAAUAAUGUUAUUUGGCAGCGAGUGCAUUAAAGCAAAAAAUUGUAAAGCGCACAAUCACGAUAAUCAAGAGGCUCUGUACAAAGAACUAAAAUUUUUAAAUAAUGUAAAAACAAAAUGCGCACGUCUUAAUGAAAAGCCAACUGAAAACAAUUGCGGUGGAAGUAUUCGCAAUAUUUUUGUGAAUACUAGCAUGGAGUAAGUACCACCCACAUGAUAAUUAUUAUUUAUUAAGUAAGUACUUAAUAAAGUCUUUGCAGAAAUCAAAACGAAAGCAAAAAUAUUGUCUUUGAUAAAAUACAGCGGAGUUUGCAGUAUAUUGCGAAUAAAAAUUUUAAAAAUUCUCCCAAAACACCGGCAGAAGUGCAGGAAGUUUUCCAAGACGCAGCAGUUUAUGAUAAAUUCGGUUAUUCCAAAUUAAAUGGAAAUAAACAAUGGCAGUUUUUCAACAUAUGCUACCAAGAAGAAGACUUUGCAUAUUGCGUUUUUUGUUCCGAAAGAACUGUUGAACUGAUGAAAGAAUGCAUUCCUGUUAAUUCGAAAAGAAACAUUUUAAUUGAUGGUACUUUUUCUGUACUUCCUCUAGGAAGCUUUAAACAACUAUUAAUCUUACAUUGUGAAUACUUUGGUUCGGUAAUUAAUUUCAUUCAUAACUAUAUAUGAUUUAUAUUAUGUAUACAUAUGUAUAUAUUUAUUAUUUUUUCUAUUUUAGGUAUUCCCCUUUCUUUUCGUACUGAUGACCAAAAAGUCUCUAAAAGCAUAUCAGCAUUUAUUUAGUUAUAUACAAAGGAGCAUUAUUGAUUUGUCACAAGCAACUUUUAUAACAGAUUAUGAAACAGGAUUGAGAAGCGCAAUUGAAAAAAGUUUCCCUGAUUCAAAAAUGUUUGGUUGCUGGUUCCAUUAUUGCCAGGCAUUGCGUCGAUUCAUAACCAUGAAGGACAAAAGGCUCGCUCAAUAUAUUCGGCAAAAUAAAGAAGCGUCUAGAAUUUAUCACAAAUUUCUAUCUCUUCCAUUAUUACCUGGAAUGCACAUUUCGGAUAGCUUCCAACUACUAACCGAAGAUUUAGGAAAAUUGAACGCUUUAGAUAGAUUCAAAUCAUUUAUAAAAUAUUUUGAGAAUCAAUGGAUGCAAAAGAUCGGUCCACAUAACUUUUCAGUUUUCGAUUCUGAAAUCCGCACUACGUCUGCAAUAGAAGCUUACAAUGGCGUCAUAGGAAAAAGCAUUCCAAAGAAGGCUACUUUUUUCAAAUUUGUAGCAUUUUUACAGAUGCAAGAAUUUGAAAAAGUAAGAAAAUUUGAACUAUUGCUGAAUACCAAUGGUAGUGUGGGAAAAAAGCGUAUUAAAAAGUCCUGUGUUUUGAAAGCAGAUAUGAUUUCGAAAUUCAAGAAUGAUCUCUUACAAGGUACUAUAACUCCUUCUAAAUUCCUUGACCAACUGGUGUUAUCAAAAAAUAAUUUAAUUGUACAAAUGGAGCCUGAUGAAGAUCUUUUUGAAGAAUUAUCAUAUUUGGAAGAGGACAUUGAAGACGAUCGUUAA